AAUUAAUUAGAUCCAGUAUUUAUUUCUAACAAUAAAAAGCAUAAUCAACUAUUAAUAGAAACCUAUUAUUUUUUUAUGUUUAGUCAUAAAAAAUCUAUCCUAUAUCCUAGCUCCAGAACUCAAAGAUGUUAAGGCGGUGUUUUUGUGAUCCGAACGGAAAUAUGGAACGAAUCAGGCUUUAAAUAGAUAAAAUUAAUUCUAAAACCUGAUAACAAAAUAAAUUGAAAUUAAACACAUUAGGGAGCGCCAUAGUAUGUUUAGUGAGUCAGUCUAGACUACAAUUCAGUAUAGAUAAAAUGAGGAUGAUCAAAAAGGAAAGAAAUUAUGACGCCUCGGAGGGUUAUCAGGAAUUGAAUAGGAGGCAAGGUUAGAAACAAGAGGGUUGGGAUGGUUAUGACGUUUAUUAUGGAAGGAAAGCUAUCUGGAUUUCGCCAAAUCUGAUACAUAAGGAACAUUAAGGUCAUUAUGGAUGAUUUUAUUUGUAACAAACUAAGGAGCAUUGAGGAUUUUACGAAGGAUUUUGGAUUGUAAGGAUUGGAUACGAGAGGAAUUUGAAGGUUUGGUGGAGCCCCAUAGCUCAGUUCCAUAGAGAGCAGCACUUUUGAUUGAACAAAAAUUAUGAAAACAGCCGACAAAACCCCAAACAUCUAACGAACGUUCAACAUGGUGGAAGAUGUUGUUGAUACCUUCCGUGAGUACUUAAGAAUUCGGUCAGACCAUCCAAAACCGGAUUAUGAUGGAUGUGUUGAUUUCGUGAAGAGGAAAGCAGAUGAAUAUGGAUUAAAGACACAAAUUUACCGCCUCGAUGAAAAAAGGCCUGGGCUUAUUGUUACUCUUACGGGUUCAGAGCCAAGUCUUCCAUCUAUCUUGCUCAACUCGCAUACAGAUGUAGUCCCAGCGCUCGAAGACCAUUGGAAUUACCAUCCCUUUGGUGCAGAGAUGGACCAGGAAGGAAACAUCUAUGGUAGAGGUGCACAGGAUAUGAAGUGCGUCACUAUUGCCCAGUUGGAGGCAUUGAGGAGAAUAAAAUUGUCAAAGGUUCAGUUGAAGCGAACAGUCCAUAUGACCUUAGUUCCAGAUGAAGAAAUUGGAAGCCAGGAGGGAAUGGCAAAAUUUGUCCAUACACAAACUUUCAAGAAUUUAAAUGUAGGUUUUGAUAUUGAUGAAGGGUCUGCUAGUACAGAUGAAGAAUUCUUCAUAUUUGAUAAAGAAAGGUGUAAAUGGGGAGUAUUGAUCCACUGCCCUGGUACCACUGGACAUGGCUCGGUUUAUCUUGAAAAUACCGCAGGAGAAAAAUUAAGAAUAGUUAUUGACAAUUUCAUGGAUCUCAGAAAAAGAGAAGCUGAAAAUGUUCGAGAUAUUCUGCAUUUAGGAAAUACAACAACCAUAAAUUUAACUCAUCUUGAGGGUGGUGUUCAGAACAAUGUUGUUCCACCAGAACUAACUGUAGGAUUUGAUAUAAGGAUAGCUGCUGAUGGUAACCAUGAAAAUAUGGAAAAAUGGAUUAACGAUGUCUGUAAAAAAGCUGGUGAAAGAGUGUAUCCAGAAUAUAUUCAAAAAGAUGCACAAGUUUCAUUAACACUAUUAAACAAUGAAAACCCAUUUUGGAAAACUAUGCAAACAGUUUUAGAAACCUUGGGUUUAAAGUAUUUUGUAAUGAGCUGUCCUGGAGCAACAGAUGCUAGAUUUGCCAGAGAAGUUGGGGUGCCAGCAGUUGGAUUUUCACCUUUUAAUCAUACACCCAGAAGAAUCCAUGCUGAUGAUGAAUGCAUGAAUAAAGAUAUUUUCCUCAAAGGAAUAUCAAUUUAUGAACAUUUGAUAACCAAUGUUGCAAAUGUAUAAGAAAAAAUAUGAUAAAAUAUCAUAGUCAUAAUUUUAAUACCAUGAUUAAAAUAAUGGAAAUAAUCAAAAAUCAUCUUGUUGAUCUGAUCAUCGAUAUUGAAUCAUUAUUAGCAUCUGAGUUGAUAUUAUUGUACUAAGGAAGGGUUAUAAAAAUAUAUUAAAAAGCAAAUUGAACUGAAUAUAUAUAUAUUUUUUUUUUAUUUUUUACAGUACUAAAAUUCAUUUAAUGAAAUUAUUUUAAAAAUCAUCAGAGAGAAGAAUCAUAGUAAAAUGUGAAGAAUAUAAGAAAGAAAGAAAAAAAAGCAAAACAAUAAAAGAGGGAUUAUAAUUGGUAAAUAGUCCCAUUAAAUUUAAGGAAUUACCAUAUAUUACGUUGUUACUUAAAAUAUAAGUGAAAGAAACAAAUAUUUAAUGUAAAAAAAAAACGAAUUUUAUUAGAAUAUAUUGAAAAUUUAAUGCUAAAUGUCAUUAAGUAACAUUCAACAAAAUUAAAUCAUUAAUUAGAAGUCAUUUUAUGAAUCUUCUUUUUGUAAAAUAAAUACACUUAUCACUUAAAAACUAUGAUUGAAGUAUAAAAAUAUAGUUUAGCUCCAUCAAAAGUGUACUUGAUAACAUUUUUCAAUAGAUUGACAAUAUAAGGUAUACAUCUAUCCACUAAAUGGAGAUUAUAAGGUUAAUUUUUUUUCAAAAAAUCAUCAUUCAAGUGAUCAAUGCGAAAAUUAAUAGAUAAUUGACACCUAUAGAUUUAAGUGACAAUUUGUAGUAAAGAUGAGUAACAUUAAUUUAUGUCUCAAAUUUAGUACAUCUGCACCACUGAGUUGUAAUGUACAUCUGCCAAAUUGUAAUGAUUGAUUUUUGUUCAAUUGUUCAAGCUAUAUUUUUGUAGAUUUUUAUAUAUAUAAAUAUUUUAGUAUUAGUUUUAUUUAAAUAUUUUGGUUUCAUUUAUGCCACUGGGCAAAAAUAAGGUCAAAUCAAACUUUCUCAUGCCUGUCAUUUCCUGUAUCGCCAGCACAUUUGCUGAUUGUCAACAAUAACUUUUUAUAGAAAAAAAAGAAAUCAAAACUGAAAACAGUUAAAUAACUUCUUCUCAUGAUUUAUAUUUUUAGAGGCAUACUUUGUAAUUCAUUGUUUGGUAAAAUUUGAAUUUACAUGACCCAAUAAAAUACUAAGAAUAAUUAUUUCAUUAAAAGCCUUGGAGUUUUUUUUACAACCUCACUUCCUAGUGUAUUAGUUCUCCUAUAAGAUAAGUAUAUUUU